AUUUACAGUAGAUGUGCCAAUUUGACGUUUUGAAUUGAAGCUUUGUAAAUAAUUAUUAAACAUUUGAUUCCAAAUUCCGAGUGUAUAAUGGACAAAGAUAAGCGAUACUACUGGAAUAUGCGGUCCAUAUACAACGAGAAAGUGCCGCGCUUGCCGCCAAUAAAUAUGGUGGAACCCCUGACUGCACGCAACUUGUUCCAACUAUACAUCAACACCUUUAUUGCAGCCAACCUGGCCGAGUCGUGCGUGUUUCCACUGGACGUGGCCAAGACCCGAAUGCAGGUGGAUGGCGAGCAGGCGAUAAAGACAGGUGCCAAAAUACCCACUCUCAGGGCAACUCUUAGUAACAUGAUCAAGGUGGAGGGAUUUAAAUCCCUCUACGCUGGCUUCUCGGCAAUGGUUACCCGCAACCUGAUCUUCAACUCGUUGCGUGUCGUUCUGUACGACGUCUUCCGACGCCCGUUUCUCUGCGUAAAAGAGGGAAACGAAGAAAUUAUCAAUAUUCGCUGGUCCCUGUUAUGCAGUUUUACAGCAGGCUGUAUAGCCCAGGCGCUGGCCAAUCCCUUCGACAUUGUUAAAGUGCGAAUGCAGACGGAAGGUCGUCGCCGGCAAUUGGGCUACGAGACGCGUGUAUACAACAUGGGGCAAUCUUUCGUCGACAUCUACAGACACGGGGGACUAUCCAGCAUGUGGAAAGGCGUGGCUCCCAGUUGCAUGCGCGCCUGCCUUAUGACGGCCGGAGAUGUGGGAAGCUACGAUGUCAGCAAGCGUACUUUUAAGGGACUUCUUGGUAUAGAAGACGGCCUGGAGCUACGCUUUAUUUCCUCUAUGUGCGCAGGGCUUAUGGCUUCCGUUCUGAGCACUCCGGCGGACGUGGUCAAGUCGCGUAUGAUGAACCAGCCGCUGGACAAAAAUGGGAAGAACCUUUAUUACAAGAACUCCAUUGACUGUGUCAGAAAGUUGAUUAGGGAAGAGGGCCUCUUGACUUUAUACAAAGGCCUAAUGCCUACAUGGUUUCGCCUUGGCCCUUUCUCAGUCCUAUUUUGGCUGUCAGUCGAACAACUGCGCCAGUGGGAAGGCCAGGUUGGUUUUUAAGUGUUGACUAUUAUUAUUUUAUUAUUUGAUUGAAGAUUUCUUUUUAAAUAUAAAGCGGAUUUUGUAUCCAUUUAGUAGGCAGAAACGAUAUAAAUCGUGCCGUCCAUAAA